AUUCAUUACAAAUGUAUGAUCUUUUACAGUAGUUUAAACAUGUGGUAACUUCACUAUAUAUGAGGGUAAUAAGAUAGAGAAGUGUUAUUGACCCACAUGUAUAUGUAGUUUAGAUGAAAAUAUUUUUAUACAUAGAUAACGUGUAUCGAGAAAAUAUCAGGUAAAUAGCAGCAACAUUUCUUCUACCAAAAUGGGAAUCAGACGAAGUCUUCGCCUUCAAUCUAGAAACGAAGGGAUUAACGAAAACGCAAAGCAUACAGUAAAAAAAAAUAAGUUGCCAAGGAAACGGAAGGUAAAGGUUAAAAGUAAUACUAAAACCAUUUCUUGCAUAACACCUAGAAGAAGUUUAAGAAUUAAAAAAAGAAAUUCUUACUAUACUGUAGAAGGGGAGCAAUCUACAAAUCAAUCAACGGCUCAAAUAAUUAACGAUCUUAAAAUCGAACCUUGCGAGGUAAAAUUGGAACAAAUAGAUAUGCUUAUUGAAAAGUUGAAAAUAGGAUGUCAAGAAACUGAUGAUCGUAAAGAAAAUCAGACAUCUGUAGACAGUGAAGGAAUAAAAGAUACUACAGAUACAGCUAUGGAAAAUGAACAAUGUGAAAACGACAUUACCAAUGAAAUGUCAAAAGAAACUGAAGAAUCGAUUAUAGAAAUCAACACCAUAAGCCCGAACGAAGAAGCUAAUCCUACUGACGUCGAUAUUAAGGAGAUGGAAGAGGAAUUGUUAAAAGAACAAAAAGAAAGAUCUGAAGAACAGGAAGAAACAGCGAAAAAAAUAACGGAAAUGCUGAAUCAAUAUAAAAUUGAAAAUGAAAUUGAUUUUGAUGAAAUAAACAGCAUUUCUAGCACCUUUAAUGAAGAAACCGCAAUUGAUACUUCUUGGGAUAGAGAAGUUGUGCCCAAUUGCUACAGAGAAAAAAUAAUCAAUAAUGUUUUAUUUAAUAACACGAAUGCCUACAACUUUAAAUCAUGUUUUAAAGAUCGAGCAUCGCUGACAGCAGCUUUUGAUCGUCAUUCAGGGCAAGUAUCGAAUGAAACGUAUCCUUAUGAUAUACAUGAAACACCCGAAGCAGAAAAAGUAAAAAGAUUUUACAGAAAAAAUAUUACAGAUCCUAGCUUACAUUCUUGGUAUCAAUAUAAUGUAGCAUCAAGCAAAAGAUUUUCAAAACAAGAAACGGAAGAAUUAGUUCCCCCCAAACCAUACCUUGAGAGAUUUUUAUUACUCUGAAUAUUUAUUGACAAGACAGAUUAUUUUUUCCUUUUUUUACAAGAUAUUAUUUUAUGAAAACAUAAGAAAGCUUGUUCCUCUAAUUUAUAAUUUGAUCUUUGUUUAAAUAUAUUUAUUGUCAACUAUA